CCUAGAUAUCAGCUUCAGCAACCUAUUUCCGCCAUGUAUCUCAGGGAGCAGUUAGUUGGUGACGACAUUUAUAUGUGUCCUGAAAAAUCUGAACUGAGCAGAGCCUCUCGCACCAUUAAAGAUCUACAAGAACUACUUACUGUACCUACCCUUUUUGAUAAAAAUAAUUGUUCGAAAGACAUGUAA